GGGCCUGCACUUUUAUUGUCAACCGCACGUGAUUUGUACAAGUUUCGCAGGCUCGUUCUCUCUUUUUGCUCUUUUCAAAGGUACCAAAUAUUUUUAAAAGGUUUGUGUUUUUAAUCCUUGAAAAUCUGGAAUAUUUUCAACCCAUCCUAUAAUUCUAUCCACGUAUUUAUGCAGAAUAGGUAUCAAUCUCGCUCCCUACCAGAUUUGAGAGAAAUCGAUACAGUAGUUCUUAUUGUAGAGCAUGUUAUAAAAUACGUACGUAUGUAUUGAAAGUCAAAUAUAUUUAUAAUAAAGCUAUCCAGUAUAAAUCAAGUUAGUUUAGGUUUCCUCUUGUAAUAACACUGGAACAGCAAAAUAUAGCCUUAUUGGGAGCUCUUAUUGGAAAGCAGUUUUUCUUUAAAUUGAAGUAGUGAGUAGGCUAUGUGGAAUUUUAACAAAAACUAAAAUUCUGAACUUUGUUUUGAUCUAGUGAGUACCAAACAUGGGAGCUUACAAAUAUCUUGAAGAACUCUACAAAAAGAAACAAUCCGACUUGCUACGAUUUCUCCUGCGUGUACGAUGCUGGCAGUACCGACAGCUGACCACCAUUCAUCGAGCGUCCAGGCCCACACGGCCAGACAAAGCCAGAAGGCUUGGUUACAAAGCUAAGCAAGGCUACGUUGUCUACCGUGUGCGGAUUCGUCGUGGCGGACGCAAAAGGAAAUGCCCCAAGGGAAACACGCACGGAAAACCUGUCAGACAGGGUGUGAACAAAUUGAAGUUCCAGAGAAGUCUUCGCUCUGUUGCCGAGGUAGUUUUAUGUCUCUUGUCCCGUACAACAGGGGCGGAUCUACUGUGGGGGUGCAGGGGGGGUGUACACCCCACAUAGUGGUGUCUAGCAUCUCCGUAGAGAAGUCCAGCGCCACCCUGAAAAAUCUGCGUUACCACACAUUUUCUGCUUUACAAAUAGCAAUUAGUGGAACUUCUACUGUUAGAGUGUUCUUUGUUAGCACAUGUCAUUGAGCUGGAAAGGAAAUGCUCAGAAUGCUUGUGUUAAGCUACGUUUACACGCUACGAUUUGUCGUGUACGAUUCGUAUUCUGGCGUAUUAAAACGAGUGCUGGCACCAUAAUUCAUUGCCGUUUCGUUAAAAAGAAAUUUCAAAUGUAGCCAACUUGCACAUGUUUACUCAAUGACAUACGCCAGAAAACGAAUCGUACACGAUUAAUCGCGGCGUGUAAACGUAGCUUUAAAUAUCAUGCUUAACUAUGUAAACGUUGAGGUUGUUAAACAGUGAGGUUGUUAAUUAAACAGUGUGAUGUGCUACGCAGCAACUUUUCCGGUCACACAUGCAUGAUAAAAAGUUGAUAUAAACUUUAUAAACAAAAGAUACUGUUAACCUCUGAAUAUAAGCUCACCUCAUUCCAAAUUUUAGCCCAUGGUUUACGGUAACUGAAAAUGUAAAACUAGAUGAGCCCAGAUUCACCCUUGUUUUAAUUUUUUUCUUAUCCUAGGAAAGAGCUGGGCGUUACUGUGGCGGACUCCGUGUUCUCAAUUCCUACUGGAUAGGCCAAGAUUCCACAUUCAAAUUCUUCGAGGUAAUCAUGGUAGACCCGGCACACAACGCCAUCCGUCGUGACCCGCGGAUCAACUGGAUAUGCAAGGCAGUCCACAAACAUAGAGAGCUCAGAGGUCUCACUGCGGUCGGAAGAAAGAAUCGUGGAAUCCGGAAAGGUCAUUUGUACAACAAUGUCCAAGGUGGUUCUCAUCGUGCAAAUUGGAAGAAGCACAAUUCGCUCUCGUUGCGUCGAUAUCGCUAGAUUUUGUACAAAAUGAUUGUGAAAUAAAUGUUCUGAAAGCAAUC